AUGUCCGCGUUUGCAUUUCUGGAGUGCGCAGUCCUCACUCUCCUGGGCUCAUAUCCCUUCGCCGCCGUGAUGUUGAAGGAACAAGACGCCGAGCAAUACGAGGCAUGUGGGCCGGAAGGUCAAUGCACUUUCAUUCGCUUCGUAGCAAGCCGCGGCCUGCCGGAAACAAGCUUCUCUGCCUUGAACCGUUCCGACGAUGUCAAGUUCAAGUUCAAGAACAACACUGCAGCGGCGGCCAAUAUGCCUUUUCUGCCUACGUUUGUGACAGUUCGCAACGGGCUAGGUGUUGAGGCUGCGGACCCACCGAUUCUUGACUUUCUCCUGAAGAUUCAGGCAGUGGUGAAUAGAUCCCAGUCGGUCUUCUCUCUGUACUCUCCAUGGUUGAUCUGUUCCGUUCCUAUGUACGUGUUUUAUUUGUAUCCGGCUUCCCUGGCACGUCUUGCGAACGCUUGGAGCUCCAAGGAAGAAUUCCCCUGCAUGCAAGAGGUGGACCACACGUACUGCAACAGCCCGGGUGCGCGUAAUGGUAUUCACAACCACCUUCGAGCAGGAUUGUCCCGACUCGCCUCUCUUGUCUGCAUCGGGAUGUGGACUUUGCUGAAGAUCGUUCAUGACGUUGCCUUGCUAGGCGGUGUUCAGGAGUCCCAGACAAUUCUGAUAGGGAUUGUGGCAUGGUGCUUUCAAGCUGGAGCAACAAUCUUCUCGAUGCUAUGGGCGGCUGGCGCCAUCCAGGUAUUCACGUCGUCCGGCACCGAAGGCAAGUGUCAUGCCUGUUACUACCAACUGGGAGAGGUGGAUAUGUUGCUCGUUCUACUUACACCAUGUCUGCUAUUGUGGACAGCACGGAGCAAGCUCAAAAGCUUGAAGUUGGCAUUGGUGCAUGGACCUGUUAGCAUUGCCUACGCCGCCAUGGCAGAGGAACGUCGUGCUGUUCCAGCGGUGAUGAUGGCAAUCAAGGUCCUGUGUGAGGCCUCAGAGGAUGACGUGAUGAACUCGCUUGAACAGUUCCGAGUGGCGCACCGAGCCCGCCUGUCAGCACUGAUGGCGCAGAGUGUUGCCGAAGGGCUCGAGGCAUACAAGCAGCAGGGGACCCAGGCCUCGUUCGAUGCUGAGCUGCUGGUUGGGGCCGUCUUCGGCAACUUGCCUGAGGUGCCAGGCCCCCCCUCCGACGCAGCAGGAUCAACUGAGCAGGUGCCCGUCCAGGUAGCACACACGUGGGGUGAGCCAGUGGACGCCGGAGACCAGGCACCAGUUAGCAACGAGGACCAAGCGCCGGCAGAGGCGCACUCGGAGAGCCAGCUGCGCUCUGCUCCCCCUGAGUUCGUGGACGAGCUCCCGUCAGAGCUGGACUAUGCCCAGUUCAACCCGACGUGA